AUGAAUGAUGCCUCUGCAGGCUAUUCCGGUUCCGCUCCACAACAACAAUACGCCCCACCAUCAGGUCCACCACCUUCAGCUCAACAAGGUGAAAGAGGUUUCAAUGAUUAUGGUGGUCAACAAGGUUAUGGUGGUUAUCAACAAGGUCCUCCACAAGGUUACGGUGGUUAUCAACAAGGUCCACCACAAGGUUAUGGUGGAUACCAACAAGGUCCUCCACAACAAGGUUAUUAUCAACAACAACAACCAGUUUAUGUUCAACAACAACCAGAAAAGAGCAGUAAUAAUAACUGUUGUAUGGCAUGUCUUGCUGCAUUAUGUAUCUGUUGUACCCUUGAUGCUAUCUUCUAA